AUGCUAGUUGAAUACGCAAAUGGUAUUUGUUGGGAGAAGUUGAUCAAUGAAUCAUUACCAUUGUUAGAACGAUUUAGUUUAUAUAUCGAAGAUGGAAUAUUUAGAGAUGUUGUUAAUAUUGAUAGUAUAAUACAAUCAUUUUCUACACCAUUUUGGAUAUUAGAACGACGAUGGUACAUUGUUGUCGAUUAUACACAUCGAUCUGAAACAAAUGCAUUCCUACUGUACACUGUACCCCAAUCAAAACAUAGUAGUUUGACAAUACAACUAUAUAAAAUGCAAACAGCAACAACGGCACCUUUAACCUUAGAAAAAGUGUAUGCAAAAACUGAUAGACUAACUAUAAAGUUAAAUAAUUUGCAUGUGCCGUUGAUUGUUCGACAAUUUUCAGAUGUUAAGUCAUUGUCAUUAUAUAGCGAUUUGACAUCUGUAGAUAAAACAACAACAACAAUUGUUGAUGAUUUGUCAAAAAUUGUUCUAUUUUCAAAUUUGGAAUUUCUGCACCUUUAUGACAAGUAUUAUCCGUCAAACUUCUUGAAAGUUAUAUUAGUAACGGCUUCCAAUAUUAUCUCGUUAUCAGUACCUUACAAUGUUCUAUUAGAAAUGACUGACAUUGGAACCUGCUCGAAUCUGACAAGUUUAACUGUUACAAUGAAUGAUGAGGAUCAACAUUUCAAUGUAAAAGUGUUGAAGCGGUUAUCAUUUAUACUUGAGAAUUUGAGAUCUUUAUAUAUUCAGUUAAAAAGUGUCGAUGAUCUAUACUUGGUAUUAUCGUUAAUAUUACGGAAAACGAAAAAAUUGUAUAAGUUUGUUGUGUCGGUGGAUAAUGGAGCGUUCAGUGAACAUUUUCAGUUGUGGCUAAAAGAUUAUUUAAGUUUAAAUGAUUUCUUAUCGACAAUCGGUAUUGAAUAUAAUCAUAUUUUCAAUAAUUUAGCUCUAUCGUACUAA